UUGUGGGGGGGAAAACUUUUUUGGGGUGAUUUUUUUUUUUUUUGGCUUUUCUUCCUCCUUCAUUUUUCUUCCAAAAUUGCUGCUGGUGGGUGAAAAAAAAAUGCCGCAGCUGAACGGCGGUGGAGGGGAUGACCUAGGCGCCAACGACGAACUGAUUUCCUUCAAAGACGAAGGCGAGCAGGAGGAGAAGAGCUCCGAAAACUCAUCGGCAGAGAGGGAUUUAGCUGAUGUCAAAUCGUCUCUAGUCAAUGAAUCAGAAACGAAUCAAAACAGCUCCUCCGAUUCCGAGGCGGAAAGACGGCCUCCGCCUCGCUCCGAAAGUUUCCGAGAUAAAUCCCGGGAAAGUUUGGAAGAAGCUCCAUUUUCAGUCCGGCAGCACACAUUAUUCUGCGUACAAAACGAUUGAACACCAGAUUGCAAUUCAGUAUCUCCAGAUGAAAUGGCCGCUGCUUGACGUCCAGGCAGGGAGUCUCCAGAGCAGACAAGCCCUCAAGGAUGCCCGCUCGCCCUCGCCAGCGCACAUUGUUAGCCCCCUCCCUUGCUGCACUCAGGGACAUGACUGUCAGCACUUCUACCCCCCCUCAGACUUCACUGUCAGCACUCAAGUCUUCAGGGACAUGAAAAGGAGCCACUCCUUACAAAAGGUUGGGGAGCCCUGGUGUAUGGAGUCGAACAAAGUGCCGGUGGUGCAGCAUCCUCACCAUGUCCACCCGCUCACACCUCUUAUCACCUACAGCAAUGAGCACUUCACCCCGGGAAACCCCCCUCCACACUUACCAGCCGACGUAGACCCCAAAACAGGAAUCCCACGGCCUCCACACCCUCCAGAUAUAUCUCCGUAUUACCCGCUAUCGCCUGGCACCGUAGGACAAAUCCCCCAUCCGCUAGGAUGGUUAGUACCACAGCAAGGUCAGCCAGUGUACCCCAUCACAACAGGAGGAUUCAGACACCCUUACCCCACAGCACUGACCGUCAACGCUUCCAUGUCCAGCUUUCUGUCUUCUAGGUUCCCUCCCCACAUGGUCCCACCACAUCAUACUCUCCACACGACCGGCAUCCCCCAUCCGGCCAUAGUCACCCCAACAGUCAAACAGGAAUCCUCCCAGAGUGACGUCGGCUCACUCCACAGCUCAAAGCAUCAGGAUUCCAAAAAGGAGGAAGAGAAGAAGAAGCCCCACAUAAAGAAGCCCCUUAACGCAUUCAUGUUGUAUAUGAAGGAGAUGCGGGCGAAGGUCGUGGCUGAGUGCACGUUGAAAGAAAGCGCGGCCAUCAACCAGAUCCUGGGGCGCAGGUGGCACGCACUGUCCAGAGAAGAGCAAGCCAAGUACUACGAGCUGGCCCGGAAGGAACGACAGCUUCACAUGCAGCUCUACCCCGGCUGGUCUGCUCGGGAUAACUAUGGAAAGAAGAAGAAGAGGAAAAGGGACAAGCAGCCGGGCGAGACCAAUGAACACAGCGAAUGUUUCCUAAAUCCUUGCCUUUCACUUCCUCCGAUUACAGACCUGAGCGCUCCUAAGAAAUGCCGAGCGCGCUUUGGCCUUGAUCAACAGAAUAACUGGUGCGGCCCUUGCAGGAGAAAAAAAAAGUGCGUUCGCUACAUACAAGGUGAAGGCAGCUGCCUCAGCCCACCCUCUUCAGAUGGAAGCUUACUAGACUCGCCUCCCCCCUCCCCACACCUGCUAGGCUCCCCUCCCCAAGACGCCAAGUCACAGACUGAGCAGACCCAGCCGCUCUCGCUGUCCCUGAAGCCUGACCCCCUGGCCCACCUGUCCAUGAUGCCUCCACCGCCCGCGCUCCUGCUGGCCGAGGCCACCCACAGCAAGGCCUCUGCCCUCUGUCCCAAUGGGGCCCUGGACCUGCCACCUGGCGCCCUGCAGCUGCCCAUCGCCCCCUCCUCAUCGCUCGCACAGCCGUCAACAUCUUCCUUACAUUCCCACAACUCGCUGGCCGGGACCCAGCCCCAGCCUCUGUCCCUCGUAACCAAGUCUUUAGAAUAGCUUUAGCUUCGUCAGCCCUGCUUGGUUUGAGUGUUUCGUCCUCGGUUCUCGGUUUGCGCCUCCUCCCACCUGGAAAGCUUUUGUUCUGUGCUUUUUAAUUUUGUGCCACGUGGCUACAUGAGUUGAUGUUUAUCGAGUUCAUUGGUCAAUAUUUGACCCAUUCUUAUUUCAAUUUCUCCUUUUAAAUAUGUAGAUGAGAGAAGAACCUCAUGAUUCUACCAAAAUUUUUAUCAACAGCUGUUUAAAGUCUUUGUAGCGUUUAAAAUAUAUAUAUAUAUAUAUACAUAUAUAUAUAUACAUAACUGUUAUGUAGUUCGGAUAGCUUAGUUUUAAAAGACUGAUUAAAAAACAAAAAAAGAGAGAGAAGCAAUUUUGAAGCAGCCCUCCAGAAGGAGUUCUGUAUUAUUUGUAUUAAAUAUGAGCUUGCGAACCAAUCAUUUUACACCUGGUUUUUAAACCGUAGGGGCACGACGAAUGCAGUGCCAUUAUUUUUUUUUUUCUGUGUGAAACAACUUUUAUUGUGAUGUUACUUGUUAUUGUUUAAAUGUACAGAAACAAAGGGUUAAAAUGUGUUAAUAUACCUUGUUCCAUGGUGUUGUUCUUUUGGGGGGGAGGGGGAUACUACUCAACAAUUAACGGAAUCACAGCGCUGUUGGACCAGUAGUAUUUAUUGCUUUAGAGAUUGCUUGUCGUACCUGUACGUUGUCCCCUUUUAAAAUAUGUUUUCCUUUUUUCUUGAAACUGUAUAAAGUUUUUUUCCCCCUCCCCUUAGCAUAAGCAUCUUAUAUAUAACAACUCAUUUGUACAAGGUUUUUAAGUUUAUAUAUAAAAAUGUGUAUAUAUUUUUUUGUUUCCCUUUUUGACCUCUUUUUUUGUUGGUUUGUUUUUCUGUAUGAAACCCAGAUGCCACCAAAUGGACAUUCAUAGUUGCAUUAAGGAUCAGUAGCAUUAACAAAAGUUGCUUUAAAAGCCAUUAUGUAAAACAAGACUUGAACGUUAGUGAGGGAAUGCUAGCGAUGCUGUCUGAGCACCCGUGGGAACUGCCCUUGUUUCCCUUUUGAACUCCUAGUCAAAUGCCCUGCGCCCUUAGGAACAUGGACUGACCGUGUGCAAAACUUUUAUGUGCCAAAACUCUCAGUGACUUUAGCUUUCUCCCUCUUUUUGAUGCUGUACUUUUUGUUCAUCAUGUUUUGCUGUGAUGUUACAUAGGUAGAUUUGUAUGUAGUUUUAAUGUCACCUAUAACAAAAUGUGUUUGGUAGCAGAUUGUCCAGAAAGCAUUUUAAAUGAAGAGGUAUAAACCCUUAAGGGCCAAAAUUCUGUAUAUUAGAUUACUCUUAAACGAAAAACCAGCUGCCGCUUUUAUGUACACAUAUUACAUACAAGUAGGUAGCGAACUUUAAAACUAAAAAAAAACCUAGGCAUGUUGAUGUUGCAGAAUGCUGUAUAAAGCUGAAACCUGUUCAUUCAGUGCCAUUGUAGUUGACAUGAAGCGAUUGUAAAACUGUCUCUGAUUUUUCUCUGGUUUAUUAAAAUGCUAACUAUAACAUUUUUUGUGAAUACUUUGAAUGUUUCCUAACAGUUGUGAUGUUACUGUUCCGUUUUAUGCUCUUAUUCCAAGUUCAUUUUUAAUGGUUUGAAAGCCAUUUUUGUAAUGAAUAAAUGUUCAUGCUGUACAGUAUCUGUAGCAUGCCGUUCUGGAUUAAUAAAAGCAACUUAGUAUGUGCAGAUAAA